CAAACAGUAGUGGGUAAAGGUUAGGCUGAGCUCUACUAUCCCGUGCUGCGGUGUACGCCGGGAUAGCCCCGCCCUUCUCUCCGGUCCUCCCAGUUUGCUCUGCUGCCCGAGGUCCGUGUCUUGUAGCAAGAUGGCGGAGCUGGGCUCGGGGUGACCAGACAAGAACAGAAAGCAGCAGCCAGCGCUCAUCGUAUCCUCCCCCGACCCCGCGUGACGGAGCCGCACACAUCCACCCCAGUGCGCCCAGCAUCCCGCACGUAGAGCUCAACACCGGUGCUGUGUGCUGCACUCAUUCAUAGGUGGCCGGUGCAGCCCGUGCGGGGUCUCAAUCACACUCUGCGGGAGGCUGCAUGUGUGCAUGGCCCGGGGGCCUGAUCGGGUGGACUAGCUGUGUGCCUGCUGGAUUGAGCCGGGUUCUCGCAUGAGUUCCCCGGACCGGAGGCGGCGGCAGCAGGAGAGAGAGGGAAUCCCCGAGCCCGAGGAGAGCAGGACACCCACCCACUGCAUCAGCCCGGAUCUCAGUCCCGGGGGAGACAGAUCACCAGGAGAUCCAAUUUCAGAAAACAUAGAAAAUAGCCGAAUGAAGCGAGCAGCUGCAAAGCAUCUAAUAGAACGUUACUACCACCAGUUAACUGAGGGCUGUGGAAAUGAUUCCUGCACGAAUGAGUUUUGUGCUUCCUGUCCUACUUUUCUCCGUAUGGAUAACAAUGCAGCAGCCAUUAAGGCCCUCGACUUAUAUAAGGUUAAUGCAAAACUCUGUGAUCCUCAUCCCUCCAAGAAAGGAACAAGCUCAUCUUAUCUAGAGAAUAACUCCAAAAGUGCCCACAGCAACCCGUGCACAGACAGAAAGAUGAACAAGAAGGAAAUACACGGACCUAGGGAUGACUUCAAAGAUGUGACAUUCCUGUCUGAAGAAAAGGUGUAUGAAAUUCUUGCGUUAUGUCGAGAAAAAGAGGACUACUCUCCUCUGAUUCGGGUGAUUGGGAGAGUAUUUUCCAGCGCUGAAGCCUUGGUUCAGAGCUUCCGAAAAGCAAAACAACAUACAAAGGAAGAGUUGAAAUCCUUACAAGAAAAGGAUGAAGACAAGGAUGAAGAUGAAAAGGAGAAAGCUGCUUCCUCUGCUGCUAUGGAAGAUGAUUCAGCAGCUUCCUCCUCCAGGUUAAAUGAUGGUGCACAGGGAGAUAACAACAUACCGAAACUAGGCCCAGAAGAGGUGUCUCUAGACAUUGAGGCUGUUAGACGGGUCUACCACAGGUUACUUUCUAAUGAGAAAAUAGAAGCUGCCUUUCUUAAUGCACUUGUGUACCUAUCUCCCAAUGUGGAAUGUGACUUAACUUAUCAUAAUGUAUAUUCACGAGACCCCAACUAUCUAAAUUUGUUCAUUAUAGUGAUGGAAAAUGGUAACCUCCAUAGCCCAGAGUAUCUGGAAAUGGCAUUGCCGUUGUUCUGCAAAGCAAUGAGCAAAUUGCCAUUGGCAGCACAAGCAAAGUUGAUUCGACUGUGGUCAAAGUACAGCGCUGAGCAGAUUCGCCGGAUGAUGGAAACUUUCCAACAGCUGAUUACAUACAAAGUCAUAAGUAAUGAGUUCAACAGCCGCAACCUAGUGAAUGAUGAUGAUGCUAUUGUGGCUGCAUCAAAAUGCCUGAAAAUGGUUUACUAUGCAAAUGUAGUUGGGGGAGAGAUUGAAACAGACCAUAACGAAGAGGAAGAUGAAGAACCUAUCCCUGAAUCUAGUGAGCUAACCCUCCAAGAGCUCCUGGGUGAGGAGCGCAGAAAUAAAAAAGGUCCCCGGGUAGACCCGAUCGAAACUGAACUUGGUGUAAAAACUAUUGAUUGCCGGAAACCUCUCAUCCCUUUUGAAGAAUUUGUUAAUGAACCACUAAACGAUGUUCUUGAAAUGGACAAAGACUAUACUUUCUUUAAAGUAGAAACUGAAAAUAAGUUCUCUUUUAUGACCUGUCCCUUUAUCCUGAAUGCUGUAACAAAGAAUCUGGGUCUGUACUAUGACAACAGAAUCCGCAUGUACAGUGAGCGAAGAAUCACGGUCCUUUACAGUUUAGUACAAGGACAGCAACUUAACCCAUACUUGAGACUCAAAGUACGGAGAGAUCACAUCAUUGAUGAUGCUUUAGUCAGGCUAGAAAUGAUUGCUAUGGAAAACCCUGCAGACCUGAAGAAGCAGCUGUAUGUGGAGUUUGAGGGGGAGCAAGGAGUAGAUGAAGGAGGAGUUUCCAAAGAAUUUUUCCAGCUGGUGGUUGAAGAAAUCUUUAACCCUGAUAUAGGCAUGUUCACCUACGAUGAGUCCACAAAACUCUUUUGGUACAAUCCAUCUUCAUUGGAAACUGAAGGACAGUUCACCCUCAUUGGAAUUGUACUGGGCCUGGCAAUAUACAAUAAUUGCAUUCUAGAUGUGCAUUUUCCAAUGGUCGUGUAUAGGAAACUGAUGGGGAAAAAAGGAACGUUUCGUGAUCUGGCUGACUCUCACCCUGUCCUGUACCAAAGUUUAAAAGACCUGUUGAAAUAUGAAGGCAGCGUUGAAGAUGACAUGAUGAUUACAUUUCAAAUAUCUCAAACUGAUCUCUUCGGGAAUCCCUUAAUGCAUGAUUUAAAGGAGAAUGGAGAUAAAAUCCCCAUUACAAAUGAGAACAGAAAGGAGUUUGUCAGUCUCUAUGCAGAUUACAUUUUAAAUAAAUCUGUGGAAAAACAAUUUAAGGCCUUCAGGAGGGGAUUUCACAUGGUCACAAAUGAGUCCCCACUCAAGUAUCUGUUUAGGUCUGAGGAAAUCGAGCUGCUCAUUUGUGGAAGCAGGAACUUAGAUUUUCAAGCUCUUAAGGAAACAACGGAGUAUGAUGGAGGCUACACCAGAGAGUCUCACAUUAUUAGAGAAUUCUGGGAUAUAGUAAAUGCAUUUACCGAUGAACAGAAAAGAUUGUUCUUACAGUUUACAACAGGCACAGACAGAGCACCUGUUGGUGGACUUGGUAAACUAAAGAUGAUUAUAGCCAAAAAUGGCCCCGACACAGACAGGUUACCUACAUCUCAUACAUGCUUUAAUGUCCUUUUACUUCCGGAGUACUCAAGCAAAGAGAAACUGAAAGAGAGAUUAUUAAAGGCUAUCACAUAUGCCAAGGGAUUUGGCAUGCUUUAAAAUGAAAAGGCAAAGAAAGCUAAACAAAAGGGUUAAUCGGCGAUCCAUGGAAUGGAUGUCCCUGAACACAAAGGCCAUAAGAUAGUCACCUACAUGUUGUCAACUGUACGUGUGCCUCCCUUCUCCUCCAGGACAAUGGGCUGGAACAGCAGAUUUCUGCUGCUUAUCUGAACAAAGUCUUUUUUGUUUUGUUUUUUUCUUAGCGUGAAAGUGUUAUACAAUCUUUCACAUGUAUGUACAGAGAGGUUUUCCUGAAUAUUUAUUUUAAGGGUUUAAUCACUUUGCUUGUGUUUAAUACUGCUUGAAGUUGAUCCUGCUUGAGUCUUUAUGCUCUCAUAAAAUAUGCUACUUUUUAGCAGACUAACUUUCAGGUAAAUGCUUCUGUUAUGUCCCUGCAUCUCCUCCAAUCAGGAACUGUAUUUUCUCUCCCCGUUCUUUUAUUUCUUUUUGUUUUUACAGUUUGCUUUAUAAAACUUGAAUUCAUGGAAAACGUGUGAUGCAAUUACUGCUGUUCUAGCCCCAAGCAGUUUCUGUGACAAAAAAUAAUAAUGUAGUCAAUAAAGAUGGAGGGGAGUGUUUGGAAUGUUAUUCUACAGCCUUGCGAACUUUUACUUUAGCCACAGCACAAAGAAUCUACAAAUUAAAGUAAAAAAAAAAAAAUCACAAUUUGUUGUCUUCA